AUGGGGUUUAUUGAGAAAGGUCUUGUAAUAAUCUUCAUAUGUACUGCUUUUCAUGUUUCCUCGAUACUUUGUGAAGUCUAUAAGGUUGGAGGCGAUGCUGGAUGGACUGCCAAUUUUGAUUACCAUACUUGGUCUUCUUCUAAGACUUUCGAUGUUGGAGAUAUCAUCGAAUUUGAUUACACUGCGGGAGACCACAACGUGAUCGAAGUUAACCACACUGACUUUCGGACGUGUAAUCAAUCUCGCCCGGUGGUUAAGUAUACUAGUGGAAAUGACUCCAUAACCAUCAACAAAAGAGGUCAUUACUAUUUUAUCUGCGGUACCCCAAGCCAUUGUGAAGAUGGGCAGAAGGUUGACAUCAGGGUAGUUCCGGAGUCUUCAAAGCAAUCCACAACACCUUCUGCGCCAGCUCCAUCUAAUGGCAACAGAGUUUGUACCGUUUCUUUCAUGGCCCUGCUUGGCAAGGCAGCAACGGCUGCUUUAGUGAUUUUCCAUGGUUUUACUUACUAG